CAAUCACCCUCUCAUUUUGGGUCAACAUAAUAGACAUCUGCAAGGAUGUCUAUUCUAUCCAGAUCAAUAGCCCGAAAUGCUUCAAGGAUAAGAGGAAACCGGUCUAUAUCCACAAUGGAUACCGAGAAUGUUGCUCAUUUUACACGUUUGUCAUCACAGUGGUGGGAUCCUCAAGGAGAAUUCGCACUGUUACAUGCAAUGAACCCAAUUCGAUUGCAAUUCAUGCGUGAAAAGCUGAGAGAAGUUGGUGAAUGGGAGCAAACACGGGCAUCGGUGGAAAAUGGUCGGAACAUAUCUGUCCAACAGCCCUGGCUGCAAAGUGGAGCCUGGCUAUCCGGACAACGGACAUUGGACGUGGGAUGCGGUGGCGGCCUUUUGAGCGAAUCAUUGGCAAGACUGGGUGCGAACGUGACUGGAAUAGACGCAUCCUCAUCCAAUAUAGAAAUGGCAAAGAUUCACGCUUCACAGGAUGACAAAUUAUCCCAACAGGCUUCCCUAGAUUAUCAAUCGAUCAUGGCCGAAGAUUUGUUGGCAAAAGGGGGCAAAGAACAAUUUGACAUUGUCUGUGCGAUGGAAGUCGUUGAGCAUGUCCGUCAACCGGACUUGUUCUUGAGAACGCUUGCUGAUUUACUCAAACCAGGCGGUCACUUGUUCAUGUCCACGAUCGCUCGUACUCCAUUAUCCUACUUUCUCACAAUCUUCAUGGCCGAAAACCUUUUGCGAUUCGUAACACCCGGAACACACAAGCACAGCCAAUACAUCGAUCCAGAUGAGUUGGUCGAACACUUUAGAACACAAACACCUUGGAUCAGCGCAGGUGAGACGACAAUGUCCCCAAAGAGGUUACAAUACGAAACCCGUGGGACUUUUUACGUACCUGGUCUAGGUAAAUGGGUUCUGGCACCUCGUGAUUCCAACAAAACAAUCACCGAAGCAGCAAAUUACUUUUUCUGGAUAAGAAAGCCGCUCUAGCGAGUAACACUGUACCAUAAUCAAAAGCAUAUACCCUUUUUUGUAUUUUUACUACUAUUACCAGCAUGAAAUUGUAUAAACGAA